AGUGAAGCUAUGUAGUUUGAUUUCUUGUUCAUAGGCAAGGCGGUGGAAGAGGGUUUGAUGAGUUUCCCUUUGCUGGCCCAAUCUUUAUUCCUAGGAAUAUAAUGAUUUUGAGGGUGAUAUCGAGCUUGCCAAUAUAGUUGGUUCCUUGAUGUGGCAGGUCCACCAGGCACACAUCCUUGGCGGCAGCAGCGGUGGCGAGGCUGUUCAACGUGACAGUCCUCGGUCUGGGCGACUAAUUUUCUAUGUGAACAUCUCUCCCCACGUCCACCACUACCACUGUGCUUUGAGGAGUCCUAAUUCACGCUAGCCAUGUCGAGGUCAAAGACUCCAAAUCCCAACCAGCGCAGUAGCUACGACCAAAACCUUCUCGUCGAUGCACCCCAGGCAACUCGGGCGCAGCUACGGGAAGGUUACAAUGUCGAUCUACUCGACAGCAGUCGGCCUGGUCCGGCAGACUCAACAACGCCCGCACCUCCCGUCGCCCCUCCUCCUCCAAUGCCUCAAGCACCUCUGAUGCCUGCAGCCACAGAGAACGGUUCGAAGGAACCGUUCGUGGAAUCAGGUGGUGUUUAUGCCUCGAAGCCUCGCACAGGGUUUUGGCGCAGUCGAAAGGGCAUCAUUACAGUCGUCGUUAUCAUCGUCGUUGUCAUUGGUGCUGUGGUCGGGGGAGCAGUCGGAGGGACGACGAAGAAGUCCAAUGGCAAUACCGGGCCGCCUACAAAGUCAUCAUCGUCGCCCAGUGGGACGACGGGCGUGGACACUUCGUCAAUAGACGGUGCCACGACGUCGGCGACGCCCACGGGUAGUUCUAGCUCGCCUAAUCAGGGUCGCGAUGACGCCUCCGCUGCGAAUGUGUCGUGAUCACUGUCUGACUGCGAGGGUGGGUCGUCUGAGGAUGAUGGCGAACACGGUUUGCAGUGAUUAUUGGGGUCGUUCUAGGUGGAUCAGUUUGCGGGGAUACCAUGCUAUAUACUUCUAUUGACUCUUAGCUUUUCCUUCGUUAUGCGGUAUAUAAUUCCUUGGCGAGACUUUAGCUUUACCAUUUGACUGUCCCCUCGAUUAGCCUUAUGGUAGUUUGCUCAUUUGGACCAAUCGUACACCGAAAUUCCGUACAAACCGUUG